GGCAGCACGAUGACGAACACAGGAGGUAAAGUAGUCGCGAAUCUGCGGCAAAGGUUCGUGUCGCCGGGCGUGUUGCGAUGGUUCCCCGGGCACAUGACGAAGGGUCUGAAGCAGAUGCAGCAGCGAUUGAAAGAUAUCGACUGCAUCCUGGAGGUUCACGACGCGCGGGUACCGAUCUCCGGGCGCUACGCGGAUUUUAGCAGGACCCUGACCGGCCUGAAGCCGCAUAUAUUUGUAUUGAACAAGAAGGACCUGGCCGACACGGGGCAGGCGAGGAGUAUAGUCUCCUCGUUGAGCGGAGAGGGGCUGUCCAACGUGGUCUUCACGAAUCUCAAGAAUCAACAGUGCAGAGGCGCGCAGAAGAUCCUGCCGCUGGCCAAGAAGCUGAUACUGAACUCGCAGCGUUACAAUAGAGCGCAGGAGGAGUCGUUUUCCAUGAUGGUCAUCGGCGUGCCCAACGUCGGCAAGUCCUCUCUGAUUAACCGUUUGAGGAGCAAUAUCCUUCGCCUGGGCAAGGCUACUCACGUCGGCGGGACGGCUGGUGUCACGCGCUCCGUAUUGACCCACAUAAAGAUAUCGGAGGACCCACUGGUGUACUUGAUCGACACCCCGGGUAUUCUAGCUCCCACCAUCAAGGACGUUCACGCCGGCUUUAAGCUGGCGCUGGUCGGGUGCCUGCAGGAUCACGUAGUGGGAUCGUACCUGCUCGCGGAUUAUUUGCUAUUCUGGCUCAACAAGAACGGCCGGUUUGAGUACGUAGAGGUGCUGGGGUUGCCGGAACCAAACGACAACGUGGCGUACGUGCUCACGUUCAUCGCCGCGAGGCUGGGCAGGACUGUGAAAGUGAAAUGCUCCGACGGCCGGUUAGAGGUCAAGCCAGAUUUCAAGUCCGCGGCGGACCACUUUGUCAGUUUAUUCAGGAAGGGAAGCCUGGGGUCCUAUUGCUUAGACAUAGACUUACCCGGGACGUCGGAGAACCGCCAAGUUAGCUUAGCCUGAUGAUGAUAGUCGUAAAAUGUAUCAUUUGUAAAUAUAUUUGUACAUAAUCUACUUGUGGAAGUGCUCCUCGAUCGAGCGCAAAAAUACAGACUUUGAUAGUUUUACAC